UCCUACAACCCUAGAAUUUGGGUAGAAUGAGUUUGUUUGGGGUUGAAUAAGCAGCGUAGAGACCGUGGGAGUGUGUGAAGUAAGAAGGGGAGUGUGUGUUAGUAUAAGAGAGCAGCGGCUGGCCAGCGAGGGGGACCCGAGUAGCAUCCCCGUGUCUUGUGUCCACGAUUUUUGACAUCCUCGCUCUUCCUCGCCCACUCACUUCAUUCUCUGCUUCAUAGCAAGUGAUCAGCAUGGUGGAUUGAUGAAGACUGAGAUGGACGGAGGAGGCUUACCAAGGCAUCAUGGGGCUGAUGGACUGUCAAAGCCUGACUGGCAUCUGGUGAAAGAGAACCAAUGCUGUGUGACACCAAGAGAGGUUAAGAUGGCACAGAACUCUGCCAUAUCCCUGAAGGAUGUCACCCACAAGGCAACAGCUGCUGUCACCACCACCAUUGACAGGGAGCUGUGGGAGCACCAGUGCAGGGAAGGUGGUGACCCUUGUUCCUUUGUUGGGUUUGAGCUGGACUCCAGGUCAGCCAAGCUCUUUAGUGACUUGAAGCAAAUCUUGAUGAAGAAAAACAUCAAGAAGGAAGUGAGUGGCUUGAAUGGAGUAAUAAUGAAAGGAGAGGACACAAGACUCACUCUCAGUACUGAUGGCAGUGUGGAAUCAGAAAGCCUCUAUAACCCUAAGAAAGUGUUCAAAGAGGACAAAAACUUUCCGUAUGGCAUGAAAAAGAAAGACAGCCUUGUGAACAUUGAAAAGAUGGCCCUGCACGACAAGACGAGUGGUGUCCUGGAGGAUGUGUGUUUUGUGAGCAUUGCAGGGGACAGUCUUAACAGUGAUGAUGAUGAGAACUCCACAGACAUCAUCAUCAUCAAGGAAAUUGUGCACAAUGACUCCCGUCUCGUUGCGUCAGGCGUGCAGCAGAACAGUGAACUAGUGCAGUCCAGCAAAGAAAGAGUGAGGGAGGCAGAUUUGGAGGCCCCUUAUCUAUGUAUGGGCCACAAGGAGCCCUCCCCCCUGGUGGUGGAGCUCAAGCCGGGGAACUAUUCAAUGGACCCUGAGAUGGAGGUGAUGCAGGAGAGCCAGUACCACCUGUAUGCAGCUCCGGAAAUCAUAGAGGAGGUGGUCACAGUGGAGGACAUGGAGGGUGUAGAGGAAGCAGACAUCCUCUCCAGUACCUUCUUCACCCCUGCAUCCUCUGUUAACCUGGACCACUCUUACUGCUCCCCUCCUCCACCCUGGCCACUCCAGACUCUCAAUGACUCACUGCAGAGCCACACAGAGGAACAAUACAGUGAUGUUAGUGAAUGUGAAACACUGAGUGUCACAUCAGAAAUGAUGGAUGGUGCACUUGUCUGCCAUAGUGGUGAUGAUGUGAGUGCUGGGCUGGCCAGUGCUUCCUUGCCUCUCCUUGAUGAUGAUAGAGAUGAGGCCAGCAGUGCUGUCACCACACAUUGUGCUUUUCACCAAUCACAUCUCAGAGGUGGUGAUAACAGCAAUGGUCUUUCGUGUAAUGUGUCUCUCCUUCAACCACACAUUACCACAGACCACAUUUCAAGUGAACCCAAACAGCCUCGUCAAGAUGAGCGUGUUGAUAGAAUGAUGAACACCUGCUUCCUUACAAGAGUUAAGAAAAGCCCCGCUAAGAUCCCUACCUCACUGCCAGAAGGGAAACCUGCUCAGGAAACCUAUCAUGACCAUAAAUUACUUUCACCUAAAGAUGUUUUUUAUAACAGGAAUUCCCAGAUUCUUCAAAUGUCAGAAAUGAAUGUUGAAAAUGAUGGUAGUGAGGAGACAGGCAGUGGCAAUAACAGAGAGAGCCAAAGAGCGGGGAGUCAGGAGAGGAUGAUGAUCAGGUCCUCAAUACAACUCAGGAAAAGAAAGAUAUACAAGCUAAUCCAAGUGCCACAGAGAGAAUCCAUCAAUUUUGACAAAAUGUCUGACAUUGACACGUACUAUACAAACGAUGUCACUUCCUUUGAGGAUGACUUACCGGUCAGCACAGAGAAGAAGGAGAUUGAGAAACCACUAGAUCUCUUCCCCAGCAGUAAGGCAGAGAAGAAGGCAGCCACUAAGAUCUGGCAGGUACUUGUGUCCCAGCUAGAGGACUGUGUAAGGGGCAUCACUACCUUGCCUCCUGCUGUGUCUGUUCACACCAAGAAGCGCAAGAGAAGCCUCAGUUCAAGAAGGGCAAAGGGAAGCACAUCACUCCAGGUGCCGAGAAAAAGUGACAGUCGUGGUGAUGGUGUUGGUGCCUCCUGUGCAGAGAACCAAAAUUCCCAGGCAAGUCAAUGUGAGAAAAUAAAGGAAGGGUCAAACCAAGCUGUACAAUCAUGCAUUGAGAAUAGAAAUGCAGAAAAUAAAAGGAAGUGUGUGUGUUUCUGCCGGUACAACACUGUGUUACCACUGGCUUCACGGAGAACUUGCUGUGGCAGGAAAAAAGUUCAGUCCGGCUGUCGGCGGAGCAGUCGCACCAUCAGGAAGGAGGACAUGGCCUUCCCAACGGACCAGAAGACCUUCUUCCAAAACCUUGGACUGAUGGAAAAGAGUCUAUAUGAUAAGGAUGUGUUUUACGAGUCCCUGGUGACUCACAGGACGCGUAAUGUGCGAGCCAAUCAGAUCAAGGGAAAAGAUCACUAUAGGAUGUUCUUAGACAAUCUACAUGGUGAUGCAUUAGAUCAGAGCAGUGACAAGCUCAAGCAACCUUUCCCUCUAGCAUUUAUUACCAAACAAAACUUGUGUAAACUGUCGACAAGGAGUAAGCCAGCAAAUAAAGGCAGUAAUCUCCCGUGGCUGCGUGAUGAGCAUGCCACUGAGCAUAACUUUGAAGGCUUCUGUGAUGUUUCUGACAGUCAGCGCCGCAGGAUUGGUGACACCUCUUUGAGGCAGAAGUUUGAAUUUGAGCCAUCAGUGAGUCUAGAUGACGUUAGCAGUAGUAGUGCUAGUAAAUCAGGAACCUUAUCUUCCAUGCCAUUCUGCUGCACUGACACCAAUGACAACUUUACUGAAAACUGCAUCAUACCAAAGACACAGCAGGACUUGCUGCCGGCACUCAGCAAGGCAUCUGUUGACCUGGAGGAGUGCCCUGUGUGUGAGAAGAGUAAUGGAGCGUGUCCUCUUGGUCACAAGCUUGAAAUGGAGUCCUUAAAUAGCAGAGUACUUGAGGAGAAGGGACAAAGUAGUUUGGUCGUAACAAAGGAAGAGGUCCUGCAGCCAUGUCAGCCUGUGGAGGGGGCCCCAGCACUUUUAGUGGAGGAGCAUGACAAAGAUGACUGUGAGGGUGCUCUGCCAGACUCAUGGUCAGACUGCAUGAUGAAGGAGAUGACUGAAGACACACCAGCUCAGCCCAGCUUAGGCCAACACUCUGUCCCCACAUCAGACACCAUAGAGGUGGAUGAGCAUAAUGGUGAUAAUUGCUUAAGAUCCUUGCCUGAUUCAAUGACAAUAGGUGCAGAAAAUGUUCCCAGGGUCUGCAGUGUGUUCUCAGCAGCAGCAUUGUCCACCCCAAUUGAUGAUGCCUCUGUGGAGUCUGUCCCAUCAGACACCAUGGAGGUGGAUGAGGAUGACUGUGAUAGUUGCUUGAGCUCCUUGCCUGAUUUGAUGUCAAUAGGGACAGAAAAGGUCACAGAAAAGGUCCCCAAAAUUUGCAGUCUGUUCCCAGCAGCAACAAUGUCCACUCCUGGUGAUGACACCUCUGUGGAGUCUGUGAGGGAGCUUCUGAAGAGUCCUAUUUCACUGUUCCACGAUGAAAGUGACAAGUGUGACUUCUUGGGGUUUGAUGAGCCACACUGCCAUAUACUUAAAACAUCACCACAGUUGGAAGCAAAGAUAAAUGCAACUCAUAAUGCUGGGGAUGUUCACAACAGAGAUAUAUUUUGCGGGAGAUCCAAGUUGAAACCAUUCAUGGAAGUGUUGGGUGGACAGCAUGGUAGUGUGGAUGUCAGCAAGGAAAUAGAGGAGCUGAGCUGCUAUGCUACCACUCUGAAGGCCGACAAGCUAUCAAGGACAAUCACUAGUGAGCUUGGCAUGGAGUCUGAGGCUGAGGCUGUAAUGUCCCUGGCAACAAAGAGAUUGGAGACAGUGAAAGAUCCUUCCUCACCCAUACCUAAGUCUCCCUCGAAGAAUGAUAAUACAUCAAAAUUAGGCGAGUUUGACCUGUCCAGAAAUUGCCGAGUGAACCUGACCAAACUAAAGAUGCCAGGAGGAGCAAUGGAAAGGGUAAAGGUUGACAUCAAGGACAGCAUUGUUACCCCACUAUUUUCCACUGACCUGUCUCCUGAAAAAUUAAUUAAAUCACCUGAAAAACUUGACUCUGAAAGCCACAUUACCUUUACAAGAUUCCCUAAGAGACAGAAUGUCAAGAAAAUAAAAUAUUCUGAGCUACUAAAGUCAAACAUAAGGAGAUCCUUGAAUGGCAUGCACAGGACAGAGAGGCCUGACCCAACGUGUGGCAGCAAGCACUCAAGGAGCACCUCUGAUGGAGUGUUGUUCAGGUGCUGCAGCUGCCCGGCAACAUUCAGAAGUAAAGGUGCUCUCACCGGCCACCUCCAGACUCACAAGAAGAAGGAAUUCACCUGCUUAGAGUGUGGCCUCAGCUUCCAGGAGGAGGUGCUGCUGCACUCUCACAGGAGGUUGCACUCCACUGCACGGGAAGCUGUCUUGUGUGAAAAAUGUGGAGAGAGUUUUUCUCAGCUAGAAGACUUGAGAAAUCAUGUUAAAAAUCAUUUGUCCCCAAAAUCUCCAAAGUGCAAAAUGUGUAACCAAACCUGUAAUUGCCAGUUAGCCUCAAACGAGUCUCUCGAAAUGCACCUGAAAGACUGCAAGAACAGGUGUGUUGAGUGUAGGGGAACAUUGGUGGUGCCCUCCAUCCUCAAACGAAACACUCGAACCCAUGACCGGGGAAAGCCACAUCACUGUGCCCUGUGUAGUGACAACAUGCCUCAUGACAACUGAUGGGGCAAGGAAGUGCUUAAGAGUAUUUUGAAUAAGGAUUAUUUUGUCAACUUUUUUCCAUUACUGACAUAAUGGCAAUUUUUUAUUUAUUAAUUUUUUUUGAGUAAAUAGGUGUGUGUCUGAGAAGCAGAACCCUAAGUAAUGAGUGUUGGCCUUGGUGUUCACAGUGCACUGAGUAGCAGGCUGUUCACUUGUUCUCAUUUACUUCGUGGAAUGACCAUCAGUCCCAGUUCACAGGACUUAUUUGAUAUUUUUAUUUCCAGCAAGAAGCAAAGCAGUGUUGGUUUGCAAAACAGAAAGCAAGAUUAUGUAUAUACAUGACUGAUAAUGUUAGCUUUUAGUUUUGUUAAAGAAUUUUGAUCAGUUUAAUAACACUUAUAAAUUUUCAAUAUCAAGUGAAACAAGGUGGUUAAGAAGUAUUAAGUAUUGAAAGUGUUGUGUCUGCCGUGAAAGUGUCUGUUUGGUGGAGUUCUGAUAAGGCACAUCAAUUUGUAAUGUAAAUCAUGCUUGUAUAAACAAUGUGUUGGUGUACAGCUGCUGGUCUACCGUAGCUGUUUCAGACACUAGUGAAUAUUUGGCAACAUUUUGCCUUUUCUUGUAAUAUCCUUUGAGGUAUUACUUAGUCACAAAGACACACACACUGUUCAUGGCUGACAUAAAUGUGCUCACGUAAGUGACUGAAUGGAAGUGGCUUAGUUUUGUUAGGGUUACUCUGCACUGAGCUUGUAUGUUACAUGUGGGUGGUGACUCCUCUCUGGACACAUCCUACCACCUAGAAAUGUUUGACAUGUGAAGACCUGUCAUAUACUGUGUUUGUUUUGUUACCAUCCCAGUGUGAGGUAUUGUGUGUGGCAAACCUAGACUUGUCACUGGUGUCUCAUGGUACAAAGAAGUAGAAGAUGAAAUGCUCUUGACCACUGCCAUGUGUUGAGGUCUUCCAAGACACUUCAGGACUAUUACAUCUGUAACUGAACACCAGUUCAUUAGCUGCAUGUCAGAUGAGACAUCAUGAAAUAAUUUGUUUAACCCUGAUAUCAUAUGAAUUAAAAACCAGGUGCUUCAUAGCUAGUGAUAUUAUAAUUAUGGUCUCUUUGAGUCAGUUGGCAGGUCAGCAGUGCCUUGUUGAUGAUAGUCCCUGUGAAUAAUUAGGUGAACAGGCUGUCACCAGAUGCAGGGACACACCCAGUACAAGCACAGGGCACCACACAGGCCUCCUAUACAGCUGACUUAGAGCAGACUAACCCAUCACUGCAGUUCAAACUAUUUUGAUAAUGCUGCCAUAUACAAAACCAGAGUGAAGAGUAGGUCAGAAUGACCUGAGUUGUGUGUCAGAAAAUGCAAGAAAAUAAGGGAAGCUGCUAAAAGCCAUCAGGCCUAUAUGUGGCAGUCCUUGUAUAAAACAUGCUUGAAGGGAAGACAGCCAAGAUAGACUGACAUGAUAGGAAUAGGAAACAAAAGUACUGAGCCUACUCUCUCUGUGUGUUUGUUUGUAGUAUUCUUGCUGGGAAUACAGAUUACUCAGGCUAAAUUUGAUGAUGAUUAAGUGUGUGAAGUGUAGCUCGAAUCAUAUUACUACACUUUGCCAGCUGACUACCAUUGAGAUACUGAAGGACUGAUGUAUAUAGUGAUGUGCUGAACCUGGUAAUGAGGUAAUACAGCAGCUAAUGGUGUUAGUACAGUACAUAAUUAGUGUUUCCUCAAUGUACAUUCAUACCACAUUGUUUUUUUAGGAAGUCUAGGGCAUAUUAUGGUCUUGUAUAGUUUUUGGACCUUUAUUUCUUCUAAUAGAAGUAGUGGAGCAUUGUAUGUCUAAAGUACAAAGCAGGGAUAUUUUAAAAGUGAAAUUAUACAAACCUACAUCUACUCAAUUUUGUAAAGUGAUUAGGAUCAACAUUGAUUAUGUUGUACCAUUUCCAGUUUUGUCUUUAUUUAUUAUGAAAUAUACUGAAAAAUACUGA